GAGGACGUUUACUAAGAGCAUGUGGACGGAGUAGGCGUGGAGGCGUGAUGGACGCACGACACUGUCCAGACGUAUAGGAGUGCAAAGCAUACUCGUUCUAUUGUGAGAGGUUCUUCCUUAGUAUAGGGAGAGAUUUGAGAAUUUAUUGUUACUUUUUAUUAAACUCUUAUUGGGAUGAUGUCAUUUACACUGGAUAAGAUAAAUCAUUAUGAUGGUGUUGCACUACGGUUAACUACAUAGCAGAGGUCGAGAAGGUUGUUUUAAAUAAAAAAAAAACUUGAGGGUUGAACAUGGGAUGUUUCACAUACAGCCCCUCACCUCCCUUCCUCUGGCUAAGCGGAGGAUAACCCGAACCGCCAUCCUUCCAGUCCUUCCUGGCCAGGCGUCUGGCCCUUCUACUUCUGCCCAAUCAGCGCCGGGCGGGAGACGAUCCAUUACCGCCACCCUUCGCCUGCCGACCGAGGAUCUUCUUGCACCAGGUGACCAGUCCAUCUCUCCACAGCAUCAAGUAUACAUCAGAGGUCGACUCACCUACAUCUGGGAAGAGGCGAGGGCACGAGCGGCCAAGAAACCUCCUGGCGCGCUGGCCGACAACCAUCUCGAGAUGUCCACCGAGUACUGGGUGGAGAACAUCGUCAUGUGCCAGUGGAUGGCGCAGGUGGAGGAUGAGCUGAAGAGGCUCAAAAUCUCUAGGGAGGCCUCUUCUUCUUAGGGACCGUCGAUCGACCGUUUGAAGGCUGAGCUGGAAAGGGCUCAACAGCUCCUCCCCGAGGAGUAGCAGAAGUCGGCCGAGAAGGCUAACAAACUGAGUCAGAUCGAGGCUCAAUUGAAGACUUACGAAUGAAAACUCGAUCUGGCUUCUACUAGGAAGUGGUGCGCCAUCGCUGAUCUGGAAGAGAAGAACAAGGAAGCCCGACAAUUGGCCGAAGAUCUGAAGCAAGCCAAGGACUCUUUAUCGGCCGAGUGGGAGAGCCAUUCAGAAAAGGAGGCUGAACUUCAAGGCCAAGUUAAGCGCCUUAAAGAGGAAUUGGGGGAUUCACACGCCGCUCUGAAGACCUACCAGGAGGCCGAGCUGAGUCGUUUCGCUGCAAUGAAACAUCAAUACCUCCGCUCGGAGCCCUUUUUGGAGAAGGUGACCAAACGGAUCGUCUACUCAUUCGAGUUGGCCAUCGACGCCACGCUCGUCCAGUUGAAAGUGAACGACCACCUACCUGAAGCUUUCUCCGAUAGGGAUGUCGACCGGGUCCAACUUCUAGGGGUAUUCCUGACGAGGCCUUUGAAUGCAUCGAGUGAGUGGGGC